AUGGGAUCCAAAGACAGAGGAACGAAACGUUCUGCACCACAACAGAAAAAUGGCGCUGCAGUUCCAGUGAAAAAGACCAAGGUUGCUCCAAAGAAAGAGAUAAUUCCAGAGUCUUCAUCCGAAGAGGAAGAUGAUGAGGAAGAUGAAGAGAUGGACGAUGUCUCUUCCAGCGAUGAUUUAUCUGACUCUGAAGACGAAUUAGACGAAUUAGAUGAGUUAGAUGACACUGAAAGUAAAGUCACAUCUGUAGCAGAAUCCGCUUCUGAGUCAGACUCAGACUCAGACUCAGAUUCGGAAACUGGCUCAGACUCAGAAUCUACCAAGGAAUCAGGUGCUGCAUCUUCGGAAGACCCUAAUAAGAAAUCCUCUAAAGAACAGCACGCGGAGCAAAGAAAGGUCCUUGCUGAAAGAAAGUUACAGAGAAAGUCCGGUCAGGAAGUCCAACAAAUCAAGAACUUGUGGGAAAAAUUGAGAGUCAAGAAGCCAACUCCUCCAAAGCAAGUGAGAGACAAAUUAUGUGAUGAAAUUUGGAACUUAUCCAAGGAUUGUAUUUUAGAUUUGGUUAUGAAGCAUGAUGCCUCUCGUGUCGUUCAAACUUUGGUAAAGUUUGCUUCCAAGGAAAGAAGAGACAUUGUCGUUUCAUCAUUAAAGGGAAAUUACUACACUUUGGCUACAUCUUCAUACGGUAAGUACCUUUUGGUGAAGUUGUUGCAUUAUGGAUCCAAGGAAUCUCGUACUCUCAUCGUCAAUGAGCUACACGGAAAAUUGAGAAAGUUGAUGAGACACAGAGAAGGUGCAUACGUUGUAGAGGAUCUCUUCGUAUUGUACUCUACUGCUGAACAAAGGCAGCAGAUGAUUAGAGAAUUCUGGGGUUCUGAAUAUGCUGUUUUCAGAGAUUCUGGUAAAGGAAAGACUAUUUUGGAUAUAGUUGCUGAAUCCUCAGAAAAGAAGCAUCUUAUAAUGACCAAUUUGAUUGGUACUAUAACUGCGUCUAUUGAAAAGGGAUCCACUGGUUUCCAAAUUUUGCACGCUGCUAUGAAGGAUUACGUAACUGUGUUAUUGUCUGACCCAGCUGCUCACGAUAAGGAACUAAGAGAAUUCAUUGAACUACUUACAGAGCAAUUUGCUGAAUUGGUCCACACACAAGAAGGUAGCGAAGUUGCAUGCCAAUUAAUAAGUGUAGCCAACGCUAAGGAAAGAAAAUUGAUUGUUCGUGGAUUGAAAAGUCAUGCCAAGGAAUUAAUUAAAAAUGACAACGGUAAUUUGGUCCUCAUCACUCUCUUCAUGACUGUGGAUGAUACUGUUAUGUUGCAUAAAUCAUUCAGCACUGAAUUGUUUACCAAUGAACUUUUACCUAACCUUAUUAGUGAAAAAUUCUCGAGACGUCCAUUACUUUAUUUGUUGAAGGGAUUGGAUGGUAAGUACUUCGCUCCAGUUGUUACCAAGCCAUUGAAAGCUUAUGAAACCCUUGCAUAUAACACAACCACUAAGAAACCUCAAGAACAAAGAAGAUUAGAAAUCUUGGAUAGAGCUUUACCAUUAAUUUACCAAUCAAUUUUAGCAUUAGAGGAACAUGACUUGAUCACCUUAUUAUCAGUAAAUAUUGCUGCACAAUUCAUCACAGAAUUAAUACUUACCCCUACCACUGUUGAAGAAGUCAACACUAAAUUAAGACCUGAAUUGCUUGCUUUGCUCUUUAAGCUUUCAGUACAAGGAGACAUAUUGGAAGAUUUUCAUUUGAUCAAUAAGGUUCCUUUUAUCACAAGAUCAUUGAAGGCAUUGAUUCAAGGAAAUGAAUUCAAGUGGGAUAAUGAAUCUAAGAAGUUAAUUUUGAUUGAAGAUAAUGAAAAAAUAAGUGGUGCUGGUUUAGAAUUUGCUACAAAGGUUACUGAGGAGAUUUUAUCCGAUUCUAAAACAUUAGACAACUGGGUCGCUAACGGUCAAGGUUCAUUUGUGAUAGUUUCUGUCUAUGAAGUAUUGCAAUUGCUGACCACUGAACAACAGAAGUUUAAAGAACUUCAAAAGGCAUUGAAAAAGGUCAAAAAGAAUUUAGUUAAAGAUACUGACAACAAGGGUGCCCAAUUAUUAGCUAAACUUAUCUAA